GGCCGGAAGUUGGCCUCACCGAAUCGCGCGGCUGUUAGGGUGGCAAGCCGAGGCGGCGUUAUCUGGGUGUGCAGGCAGUUCGGCACGGUAGUGGGUCGGCGUGAGGGGCUCUGGGGUUCUGGGCGGGGAUAAUGGCAUCUCGGGCAGGCCCGCGAGCGGCCGGUACCGACGGCAGCGACUUUCAGCACCGGGAGCGCGUCGCCAUGCACUACCAGAUGAGUGUGACUCUCAAGUAUGAAAUCAAGAAGCUGAUCUACGUGCAUCUGGUCAUAUGGCUGCUGCUGGUUGCCAAGAUGAGCGUGGGACACCUGAGGCUAUUGUCACAUGAUCAGGUGGCCAUGCCCUAUCAGUGGGAAUACCCAUAUUUGCUGAGCAUUGUGCCCUCUCUCUUGGGCCUCCUCUCCUUCCCUCGAAACAACAUUAGCUACCUGGUGCUCUCCAUGAUCAGCAUGGGGCUCUUUUCCAUAGCUCCCCUCAUUUAUGGCAGCAUGGAGAUGUUCCCCGCUGCACAGCAGCUCUACCGCCAUGGAAAGGCUUACCGCUUCCUCUUUGGUUUUUCUGCCGUCUCUGUCAUGUACCUGGUGUUGGUGCUGGCGGUUCAAGUGCAUGCCUGGCAGUUAUACUACAGCAAGAAGCUCCUAGACUCUUGGUUCACCAGCACACAGGAGAAGAAGCGUAAAUGAAGCCUGCCUGAUGGACUAUUCUGUGGGGUGAAGCCUGGGCCUCUUACUGAGCCUAGUGAGAAGGUAGAGGAGCUGUUCUGAAAUUGUUGGUGAUUUUGGCAGCUAGUGCAAACCAGGCCCACGUUCUGGAAAGCUCCUGUUGCCACCAGCUGAGGUGGCAAAACUAUAUUUAAUUUAUUCCUGGUUGGCUGGAACUGGGUGAUCAACAACUAUAAAGCAAACUUCAACUGGUUGAAGUUGAGGCCCUUCAGGGUUUUUCUUUAAGACGGAGUCUCAUCCUUGCCUCUUCUUGGUCAUUCUUUCCACUUCCAUCCAUUACCCCGUAGCCGUCAAGACUGAAAGAGAUAGGGAAUAAAUCAAAUUCUACUUCAAUCUGUAGGUGGUGGGGCAGGAAACAUUUGGGAGGCUCCCCCUGCAGGCUGUGGUCUCUACUGCAAAGCAUUUUAAUUAAAAAGAACUUCAAUAAAAUUACAACUGCCUUGUCAA